AAAAAAACUACAGUUCCUGAAGUGACUCUCCACUGAUCUGCAAGAUUUUAGCAAAGCAGAAGGCUCCCUGCACAGCACCUCCAAAAAUCCCCAGGAAGACCAUGCACCACUGAGCCCCUGCCCUGCCCGCUUGCAGUCCUGCCAUCCUGGCCUAUGACCCAAACCAAAGCCUAUUCCAGUAUGUUUAAGCUGUGUGGACUUCAAUUUCUGCUUGUCAUUCACCUGGCAAUGUGCCAGAAUAUGGGGGACCUGCACGUGACUGGGCCUCUGAAGGACAUGAAUUUCUCUGUUCCAGAAGGAGGGGGAGUGCGCUUCAUUUACCAGUUCACAUCUGAGCCACCUGCUGUGAGCUUCCGAGUGACUGGUGAAAAAGAUGGAAUAAUUGACAUUGUGCCAAGGACAGGCAUCCUGUAUCUCAAUGGGUCUCUGGACUGGGAGACCAAAGCAGUGCACAGACUGCAGGUAGAAAGCUUGGAUGAAAAUGGAAACACAGUGAAAGGUCCAUGUGCUGUUACAAUAUAUGUGGAGGAUAUCAAUGACAACCCACCAGAAUUUGACCAGAUGAAGUAUACUGGAGUAGUGAGGCAGAACUCCCGUCCAGGCAAGCCCUUCAUGUAUGUCCACGCCACUGACCGUGAUGAUCCUACCACUCUCCAUGCACAGCUGGUGUACAGCAUUCUUCAUCAUUUUCCCAAUCCUUAUUCAGAAAUGCUUUUCCAGAUUGACAAUGUAACUGGAGCAAUCUCACCGAGUAGAAUGGGCUCUUAUUACUUAGAUCCUCAAAAGCAGGACACCUUCACACUCGUCGUCACUGUGAAGGACAUGGCAGGAAUGACAAUGAAUGCUUUCACCAGCAGCACCGAUGUGAUCAUCACUGUGAAGGAGAGCUUGUGGAAAGCUCCCUCCAUCAUUCACAUCCAAGAAAACUCAACCCAGGCCCACCCUGUCAAUAUCAGCCAGGUGCACUCAAAUGAGCAAGAUGUAAUUUAUGACAUUUUUGAAAAAGAAAAGCUGCCCCGGCUCCCAUUUUCCAUCGAUCAGAAUGGAGUUAUUUACGUGACCGAACCGUUGGACAGGGAAGAAAAGGAUACUUAUAAUUUCUUUGUGGUCACAAAAGAUAACAAGGGAGAACUGGUGGACAAGCCUCUGCAAAUUCAUGUGGCGGUGGAAGACAUUAAUGACAAUCCUCCUGUGUGCCAGAAGGCCCUCACUGUAAUUGAAGUUCAAGAAAAUGAAGGUGGAGGAAGUAAUAUUGGCACCCUCUUAGCUACGGACAGGGAUCAGGAGGACACCCUUAAUUCUCGCCUGCAGUACAAAAUUGAAAGUCAGGUUCCUGAUGUUCCUGCAAGUAAUCUGUUCUUCAUUCAGCAAGAUACUGGGAUUUUGCAGUUAACUGGCCGUUCAUUAAGCAAGGGCAUUGCAUCCAACUAUUCUUUGAAGGUGCUGGUGACAGAUACAGUAUUCCAAACAAUCUGUGACGUGCAAAUACAUGUCAUCGACAUCAAUGAUCAGAUUCCCAUCUUUGAAAAAUCAGAUUAUCACAAUGUGACUGUUGCAGAAGAUCUCCCAGUAGGAACAGUGAUACUAGAAAUUAAAGCUACCGAUGGAGAUGAGCCCGGCACAGGGAGCUCCUACAUCAUUUACCAAGUGAAGGAAGGAGAUCCAUAUAACACGUUCUUCAUAGAAACAGAUUCUGACACAAAACAAGGGUUUGUCAGGAUUAACAAGGCUCUUGAUUUUGAAACAGCUCCAGUGUACAACCUGGUGAUCAACGCCACAAACCCCGAACCUCUGGUGUCAGGCGUGCAGUACAAUUCAAGCUCCCUUGCCCUGUUUAAAGUAUUCGUAACAGAUGUGGAUGAACCACCCAGUUUCCAUGAGACAUUUUACAAAGGAGAAGUGUCUGAAGAUGUUCCUGUCAAUACGCUGGUCAUGACGGUGGAGGCCUAUGAUCCUGAGGGGGAUACUGUACGAUACUCCUUAGAAGGUGAUGUGAGGAAAUGGCUGAGGAUUGAUUCAACCACUGGGCAGGUAUACACUGCUUCCACUUUGGAUCGAGAACAACAAGCAAUGUACACAGUCGAUGUUGUUGCAUCAGAGUUAAAUAAUGCAGCUCAGAAAUCUAAAACAACCUUGAUGCUACAAUUACUUGAUGUGAAUGAUAACCCUCCUCAGUUAGCCAUGGAUUAUACUAAUUUCUUCUGCCACCCACUAAGUGGAGGAGAGAAAGCUCUGAUUCAAGCUACUGAUGCUGAUGAACAGCAUUAUUAUUCAACAUUUACUUUUUCUCUCGUGGAUGAUAUGAAUACAAGAAAUAGUUGGGAAAUCUCAAAAGUCAAUGCUACUCAUGCUUACCUCUCUCCGAAACAUGCUAACUUUGAAGAGAAGGUGUAUAAUGUUCCAGUAAUAAUUAAUGACAAUGGAAAACCACCUUUGGAAGGAAAAGUGAAUGUUGAAGUAAACAUCUGCAAGUGUUCAAGUGAAAAGUCAUGCUUUAUUGAAGUAGAGCGUCAUCAUUCCUGGCCAACCGCUGGCCAGGCAAUUGGGCUUCUUAUUGGGGUCCUGCUCAUCAUUGGUUUUAUUGUAGGGGGUGUGUUUUUUCACAUGAAAUACAAACAAAAGAAUGAAGAGAAGAGCCAUCAGAAAGAUGUAAAGGAUAAGUCCGAACUUGAUAGGCUGGCUUAAUGACUGUUCCAUCAAGAGACAAAAAUGCCCUUUGGGUUGGGAAGGAGUGAGAUUUGAAGCUCUCAAAGCCCAGAAGAAUGCAAUCACAAACUGAGGAUACAAACAUGCAAAAGCAGGCUCCCAGCGCUUUAUCCUCACUUUUGUAGUUAAUAUUAUUCAGUCAUGAAAGAAAAAAUGUACAUACACUUCAGCAGUGGCCAUUAAUAAGAAUAUCAGCUUUGACUGAAGUGUUAACUCAUGACAACUCCAAAUGCUGAGCUCCUGCAAGGAUCAAUACAUGGCACCAGCCUUCUUUGUUUGGCAAGCUGAAGUAUGCAUACACUUUCCAGAGGACUGUUUUAUAUAACUGGACAUCUUUGUCUUUCUGUCUCAGUGAGUUACUGAAUAGCAGAAUGGGGAAUAAAGUCCUGUGCUACAUUUGAAGAUGUCCCAUGAAGCUGCAGGAAUCUCUCUGACUCUCAACGAAGGAGAUCCCAAACUUACUGCAAUCUGUGAUCUUCCCUGGGUAUUGCCUCCUUAUGUUAUGCUGGUGAAUUUGUACUAGCAAUAUUCACUGGCAAUGUGAUAUUUCUGUUUUUUAGUUUUGAAAUCCACAGAGUAUAACCAGUUUGUGAAGCACAAACUUUCUUACAGUUUCUAAGUUAAAAAAUGCACUCUGAGUCAUGUGUAACUGGGUAAUGUGCUGAUUUAUCAUACUGGUGCAAAUAUUGUUCUUGCCUCCUACACAUUGGAUAAGAAUAAAAACGUUCUUUAAAGGUU